UACCAGUCUGUACUUACAGAGGGGGGGACGCUAUUUGUUUGUCCAUUGUGUAAAUUUAUUCUGAAUAAAAGGUUACUUAUCUCUCUUUCAACUCCAGGAACUUUCAAACUUACAAUAGAAUUCACAGAAGAAUAUCCAAAUAAGCCACCUACUGUUAGAUUUGUCUCUAAAAUGUUUCAUCCAAAUGUCUAUGCAGAUGGUAGUAUAUGUCUGGAUAUUCUUCAGAAUCGUUGGAGUCCUACUUACGAUGUCUCCUCCAUCUUAACAUCCAUACAGUCUCUACUGGAUGAGCCAAAUCCUAACAGUCCAGCAAACAGCCAAGCAGCUCAGCUAUACCAAGAGAAUAAGCGGGAAUAUGAAAAACGGGUUUCUGCAAUAGUAGAACAGAGUUGGCGUGAUUGUUGACCCAGGAUGAUGCAAAUGAACACUCUGGUGAUGAGGAAAAUCAUAUAUGAAGUGUCUGAGUCAUCUUCUUCCUCCUAGCAUCACUGCAUUUACUUUGAAAGCAGAAUAGCUGUUGUGCUGUUGCCACCCUCCCUUGCUGAAGCUUCUUUUCCUUGGACAUCAGAAAGCACCCACUUUGAAGUCAAAUGUACUGUACUUGGGUUACUUGCAAAAGAAUUACUGACGCUGAAUUCAUUUUCUGUGCUCCCUCUCCAGUCUUAGGGCAGUAUUGUGCAUUUCUGUAGUGUACACUAAGCUUUUAAGUGUAAUUGUGUUAUACACAGUGAUGCUUAUGUGUAGCUUGAUAAAAGGGAUGUUUAUAUACAUACAUUUUUUAACUGAUAUUACUAAAGUGCUGAUCUGUCCAGGCUGGUCAUUUACCUCUAUUAUUGGUUUAGCCCCUCACUGCAUUUGUAAGUACUGAGUAAAGAAAUAACCUCUUGUUUCCCAUUUGUACUGAUUUAUCAACUCCAUGCCCAUGAAAAAUUCUUAAACUUCCAAAUUGAUUCCAGUUCAACUCAUUAGUAAGACCAUGGGAUGCCAGUUGCUUCUGCACUUAAUGUGCAAGAUUUAUGUAUAUUUAUACAUAAAUCACUGCAGUUGGGGGUACUUUGCUCUUUGCUUAGGGUGAGAAACAAAACCCUUUUUUCUUUUCUUUUAAUUUUAAAUAGUGUGUUAAAGCACAUACCUAUAGAGACUGCUUCAGUAAGUUUCUAUAGUCCUGUCACUGAGGCAUUACUGGACAAAACAAGGUAGAGCUGUGGUACUCUGAGUAAAAAAACCUUCCAAAAUAAGGAAGAAGUAAAACCCGCAGUGUUCCAAAGGUGGAAUAAUGUUUCUUUAGUGUCUUUCUCCCUCCUUCCCCUUAUCUUUAUCUGAGAAAGAUAAGUUUGUUGGGAUCCAACUUUGCCUCUUGGAAAGUUUGAAUAAAGUAGUUUGGGGUGGGCACUUGAGGCUCUGCAGUUCCUGCUCUUUGUAGAUUACUCUGUGGUUUGUGUGAGCUACAGCUGCAUGCUUCAGUUAGUUUUCCUUCAAUUUUAUGAAAGUAUUUUUUCAGCCCUGAAGAAACAUUUGUAAGUCCAGACUCACUUUUUUGUAAGGCUAAGUUUGUACAUUUGGAUACAGUACCUUAAGCAGCAGCGUGGGAUAAAACCUACAAUUGUGUUGUCCACUGUUCCUGUGUCUUGUGUACACAUUGGUCUGUUAGUUGAGAAGUAUAACUUUGCACAAGUAACCCAUGUAAGAAACUGUACAUUUUUCAAAACUUGUAAAUAAAGUGUAACCUUAAAUGCUUAUUGUAUAAAUAGGCAAGA